AUGACCUCCGCAGCAGUGGAAGAAGAGGCGCUCAAAGCCAUCAUUAUCUCUCACGCACGCGUGGUUUACGGUCCCGGAUACCCUGCCGGUUCUGUAUUCGAUGUCGUUAAUAGUAGCAUUGAGAACCACACUCGUUUCAGGUCUCAUGUCGUCGUUCACCCCGAAACUGAGCCAUUUGUAGCAGGCGAAGUUGUGCCCGGCAAGUGCACUGUGGUCAUGGCAUCCGUGGAACACCCAAACGUACAGAGUAGCUACGAAGCUAUCCUUCGGCAUCUGCGCCUUCAGAUCCCUGUAGUCUUGCACGGGUAG